GUCACGCAGUUGUCCAGUGCGUCUCCUCAGCAAGUCCGCACCGACUCCAGGAAACCGGAUCGCAGGGAAUAUAAUUUGUAGGAAUAAGAGCAGCAGCAGCAGCAGGAGGAGGAGGAGAAGGCUGAACAGCAGGAACCGUGAGAGUUGUCCAGGGAAGAGGGGUCUCCCCAAAACCUGAGCCAUGAGUCGCAGCAUCGUGCGGCAGAGCAAGUUUCGCCAUGUCUUCGGCCAGACGGUGAAGGCUGAGCAGGGCUACGAUGACAUUCGCGUUUCCAAGGUGACGUGGGACAGCUCCUUCUGCGCCGUCAACCCAAAGUUCCUGGCGGUCAUCGUCGAAUCCAGCGGAGGAGGGGCGUUCCUGGUGCUGCCCCUCUCUAAGACAGGUCGUGUGGACAAGAACUAUCCGCUGGUGAUCGGCCACUCUGGACCUGUCCUCGAUAUCGACUGGUGCCCUCAUGAUGACAACAUCCUGGCCAGCUGCUCGGAGGACUGCACUGCGAUGGUGUGGCAGAUCCCAGAUCACUCACUGACCCGCCCCAUCUCCGAUCCCGUCGUGGUCCUGGAGGGACACUCCAAACGCGUCGGCAUCGUCACCUGGCACCCCACCGCACGCAACAUACUCCUCACUGCGGGCAGUGAUAACCUGAUCAUAAUCUGGAACGUGGGCACUGGCGAGCCCCUCAUCUCCAUGGACGACCACCCGGACCUCAUCUACAGCAUCAGCUGGAACCGAAACGGCAGCUUGUUUUGCACCACCUGUAAGGACCGACGUCUGCGUGUCUGCGACCCCCGCAAGAGGGAGGUGGUUGCGGAACGUCUGGCUCCACAUGAGGGGAUCCGGCCAAUGAGAGCCAUCUUCACCAGAGACGGAAACAUCUUCACCACAGGAUUCACCAGGAUGAGCCAGAGAGAGCUCGGACUCUGGGACCCGACAAACUUUGAGGAGCCUAUUGCACUGUUGGAGCUGGACACAAGCAACGGAGUGUUGUUACCGUACUAUGAUGCAGAUGCAAACAUGGUCUACCUCUGUGGAAAGGGGGACAGCAGUAUCCGUUACUUUGAGAUCACAGAGGAGCCUCCGUACGUCCACUACCUCAACACCUUCAGCAGUAAGGAGCCCCAGAGAGGGAUGGGCUUCAUGCCCAAGAGAGGUGUGGACGUCAGCAAGUGUGAGAUCGCCAGGUUAUUCAAGCUCCUUGACAAGAAGUGUGAGCCCAUCACAAUGACAGUACCCAGAAAAUCGGACCUCUUCCAGGACGACCUUUACCCGGACACAGCGGGGCCUGAGCCCGCCAUGGAGCCUGAAGAGUGGCUGGAUGGCCGCGACGAAGACCCAAUUCUGGUGUCCAUGAGGGAAGGCUACGUGCCGCCUAAGAGCCGGGAGCUCAAAGUGGCAAAGAAGAACGUGCUGGACUCCAGACCCACCACCCGACGCAGCAUGUCCACUCUGGACACCAACAGUCUGCCGCCUCAGUUGCUGGAGAGGUUGUUGGAGGAGAUUCAGAAUCUGAAGGCCACAGUUUUGUCUCAGGAGAAGAGAAUCUGUGACUUGGAGAAUAAGCUUUCCCAGUACACCAAUGGCACUGACUGACGUGCAUGAAAACACCUUCUGAAGAACUGGUCUGAAUUUCAGAAACACUAUUAUUAUAGAAACACAUUUCCCUUACAUUCACAAGGACCUCUCUCCUUAAUACUCAGACGCUGUUGCCCCUUUAAAGGUACGACUGUGUGAGAACAUGAAUGUGGACGAUGUAAAUGGAGGUUAACUGUGAAACAAAUUACAUCCAUAACUAAUGUAAUUGUUUUGUGGUUGAUUCUACAUAAUCCACGUUCCUGUUUUAACACAAUGUACCUUAAUGCUGUGGCAAAACAUAUUUUAAUAUAUUCCCAACUUGACAGUGAUUUGUAAAGAAUGAGAAGAGUGCACAAGUGGAGUGAGGGGGCUGUAGGUUAGGUGGAUAUGUGCAAGUUGGGUUAAAGGUCUAAGAAAGUCAACACUGUUAUCUCUUUUUUAAUAAUAAUCUGUGAGACAAGGACAAGUAUACAAAAAGAAGCAAAAAUCAAAUGCCAGAAAAGGACUUUUGGUAAACUGCAUCUACAAACUACAUAGUGACAAACAUACUUCACCACAGAAGAAGACAUCUCAACACAUGUAUUUUCUCGCCCUCUGCAUCAGACGAUCACUGACUGGUUUAUCUGAAUGAGUCUCUCUAAAUACUUUUCAGAAUGUAAAUAGUGAUAAAAGCAAACGGGGGAAAAUUUGUUGAACUUGUAGCAAAAUGUGAAAAGCAAAGCGUUUUGUGCUCUGUAAAGGAUUAUACAUUAGACAACAAUGACAACAAUAAAAACAGUGUUUUUUAAAAAUGCCUGCCCCUUCCGUCUGUUGUUGCAAUGUUUUAAAGUUUAUGUUCCUGAUGAGAAAUGAUCACCUGCCACCUGUAGGUGCUGGACACCCUACACUGUGGCCAGCUGGUCUUUAACCAUCUCAU